CCAACCUCUCUCACUCAAUCCUCAAUUCAAACCCCCUUGGCUGCUUUUCGAUCUUCUAGAUCCAUGGCUCCGCGCCCCAUCAUCGCCAUCGCCGGCCUAGCCUGCGAAACCUCAGCCUUCACCCCCGCUCGGACCCUUGCGCCCGCCUUCCACCCACGCCGCAGCCACGAAAUCAUCGACGAAUACCCUUUCCUUCGCUCCGGAACCCCCCUCGGCGAUGCAGCAGACUGGCGAGGCGCAUUGGUCGGUCACGCACUGCCCGGCGGGAUCGUCGUGCGCGCCGCGUUCGAAGAGCUCGCCGCCGAAAUCGUGUCGCGCGUGGCGGAAAUCGCUACCUCAGCGCCAGUAGACGGGCUAUGGUUCGAUAUUCACGGCGCGAUGGUGGUGGAAGGGCUGGAUGAGGCGGAAUUCGAGUUGCUCAGCCGGAUCCGCAGGGUGGUUGGGCCCGAGUGCGUGGUGUCCGCCUCCAUGGAUCUCCACGGGAACGUGUCGCGCGCGUUGGUCCACCAGACCGAUCUGAUCACCUGCUUCCGUAUGGCGCCGCACGAGGACGAGACGGAGACGAAGGAGCGCGCGUGUCGGAAUCUGGUUGAUUUGCUCCUUCGUUGUCGGCCACCCGCCCGUCCGCUCAAGGCAUGGAUCCCUCUGCCUAUUUUGCUGCCGGGUGAGCAAACCUCCACCCGCGUGGAACCCGCUAAGGGGCUGUAUGCGCUUGUGCCCCAGGUCGAGGCGAGAGAGGGGGUGGUCGACGCUGCUGUGUGGGUAGGUUACGCAUGGGCGGACGAGCCGCGGAAUCGGGCAGCGGUGGUGGUGACGGGGUGGGACGAGGAUGCCGUGGCCGCUGGGUCGCAAUUACUGGCCCAGGCGCUCUGGGACGCACAUGCAGACUUCCACUUUGUUGGGCCCACUGGAUCAUUUGCCGAGUGCAUCGAUGCCGGGUUGGCGUCCAAGGCUCGGCCCUUCUUUAUCUCGGAUUCGGGCGAUAAUCCCACCGCUGGGGGCUCGGGAGAUGUUACUUGGGGCCUGAGUCGGCUGUUGACGCGUCCGGAGUUUCAGGAUCUGGAUGGGCCGGUCGUAGUGUAUGCCAGCCUGCCAGGACCACGGGCCGUCCAGACCAUGGUGGAGGCCGGGGUUGGUGCCACGGUGACGGUCACGGCGGGGGCCGAGGUGGAUGCUAUUCAUGCAGGGCCGAUCACAAUGACAGGGCGUGUGCAUGCGAUCAAGCAUGGCGACAAGGAUGCUGUUGUGGAGGCUGUCCUGCAGGUGGGUUCGGUGUUUGCUAUUCUGACGCAGCUCCGCAAGCCCUAUCACCAUGAACGUGAUUUUACUGAACUACAGUUGGAUCCCCGAAAAGCCGACCUGGUGAUCGUCAAGAUCGGAUACCUGGAACCAGAGUUGUUCGACAUGGCUGCUGAUUGGAGGCUGGCAUUGACCCCCGGUGGUGUCGACCAAGAUCUCGUUCGUUUAGGACAUCACCGGAUUCGUCGUCCUAUGUGGCCGUUUGACACCGUCUUUCCCUCUCCUCCUGAUCUCAGGGCCCGGAUGAUUCCCGCUUCCGAUGAGGAGCUGUCGGGGUCGGAUGAGUGACUGAUCCAUAUGAGUGACGAGCACAUUGACAGUUUGCAGUAGGUGUUGCAGAGCGUAGCUCAUUAUUCACCUACCAUUAUUCGUAAGAUUUUUUCAGUUCACUACACGAGCC